CGAGGAAAGCCAUGUCUACUAGUUGGUCCAGAAUUGUGUUUUUAGCAAGAGAUUCUCCACCCUUGUUGCCAGGACCAGAAAAAGUAAAAAAAUUGUCUUGUUUUUGUUUCAACAACGCUAACUUUUGCUGUUCUUGGUAUAUUUCCACGUGUUAAAAGCCGAGACUGAUGAUUUAGCGUUUUCAAUCCUGAUUUAUUUAAAAAGUUUAAGGUAGUGGUUGACAGUGUAUUCUCAGUUGUAGACGGCAUUUUCACUUCGCCAUUGGUCGCAAAGAUACUAGGGCAAACAUUAAAAAAGAAGUUAAAAAAAACGCUUGUCUGAUGCUUGCAUGAAAAUACCUAACAAGCUCUUGGGACGAGGUUGCUAUAAACUACUUUCUUAUAAGAUGAACGCGUACAAGCAAUCUAAAAAAACUGAAAGAAAAUGUUAAAAGACGUUACUGCCGUAACUCAUCCUCGUCCCCAGGACCUUUUGCCAUCUUCUCAAAACAAAAAUGCAAAAACCAUGGGGAUAAAGGUGUGUCGUAACUGUAAAGCUAAUAUGUCAUUCUCGAUUCAAGUCAUGUUUAGUUUCCGUUUGUAGCCUCAUAAAUUAAUAAAACAAACCAACCUCGUAACCAGUGGUUUUCUCUCUUUUUAUUUGGGAAAUAAAAUACUAAAAAUGAUAAGAGAGCCCUGGAAACAAAGUUGACGAAAAACCAGGAAACAAAUAAAUUCACACACACUAUAAAUUUUACAGAAGGAGUUUUAAAAUCAAAGCUAACAAAAAAGGUCUGGGUCCGAAAUAAAAAAAAUCAAUAGUAUAUCGUUGCAGCAUUUUAUAUAUCAGAGCUUUCAUAACAGCGUUUGAGGGUUAGCACGCUAGCUUGAUUGCACAUAUAUCAGUAGAAUUGAACUCGGCAUUUUUCAUGCCGAAAGUGAGCGGAAUAUGUUUAUAUCGGUACAAACUAACCAAGCGUUGCCGUUUUUCUUUCUCAUUGCAUAGCUGCAUGCAUAAUGGCGAACUGGAUGUGCAGCCAUAGCAAGAUUAGAAAAUAAAAUUUUAGAUUUAUCGCAAACAAAUAAAUAUUUUGGAAAGAAGGAUAACUUUUUGUAAACAUUAUUAAACAAAGGACUUUACAUACGCAUCCUUCGUCUCCAUGUCCGCACAAAUAUAUGACAGGCGAAGGUAACGCAACAGAUAAAGAUGAGAAAAAGAAGAAAACUGUUUUUUCAUGUCGAUCUGCAAAUUUUACACGUUACUUGAUCUUACUUCUUUCAACUGUAGGGAUAUUCAUUCUUGGUCAAUACAAAUUCGCCGGUAGUGUGAUAUUUUCACCGUCAUUGCAUACAUUUGAAAGAACAUUCACGAAACAACGCCGAAAUCUUCACGAUGAUCUGGUGAAACAACGGAACGUGCCCACUCUUAAAUUUUCAACAGAAUAUCACGUGACCGGGACAUUGAAGUUACCUUACGGGGGCAUCAUUGAACCGUUUGAAGCAUGGUAUUCAGCAAAAGAGAAAAUGAGUAGGAUCGAUUAUUAUGGAGGAAUGGAUAGAACAUAUCAACGAGAAGACAUAGGCGAUUAUGGAUUCGCUGCUAAAGUGAUUCCAGAAUACUCAGAAGAAAAGAACAAAACAUUUCGUGGUUGCUUACAUCACGUUGGUACGAAGAGAUUUCCGAUACAUGCGCAAAGCAUAGUUCCGUCCCCGAAGCUCUUUAAGUUCAAAGGCAAUUGUGAGCUGAACGACAGUAUACCAUGCUGGAAAUGGAUGCACAAGUUCACCAUCUUGACAAAAGUAAACACGUACACGUUAUACACUACACGUAGUGACCCAGCAUCUCCACUGCGGUAUGAAAUGAUGGGUUAUGAUACUCUUCUGACGUCAUAUUAUGAUAAAUAUAUUCUACAGUACAGAGCUUUUGAGCCUUGGAAUUAUGAUUUCAGCACCAUGGAAAUUCCAACAGAAUUACACUGUUUUGAUUUGAGUAACAACGAAGCAAGUGAGGCAACGGUUUCAUCGUUCAAUCCCAUGCUUGAAUUUAUUUCGCACCAAAAUGGUCACGUUAUGACAGCUCUAAACAAUGAUACCAAUAAAGCAACAAUGACGUCAUCAGAUGACGAAAUCCCAGAAAAUUUUGCUUAUGACACAGAAGAAGGGAAACCGUUAGGUUCGCAUCAUUUUGAACUGGUGAUAGAGACAGUAUUUCGAGAUUUUAAAAACUUAUUUAAUAAGAAUUAUAAAGAUGAUGUGGAACAUGUGAAGAGGAAAGAUAUUUUUCGACAUAAUUUGAGAUUUAUUCAUAAUUUUAAUCGACAACAUCGUCCUUAUAAACUGAAGAUGAAUCAUUUCGCUGAUGUUACUGAUAAAGAAAUGCAAAAAUAUAAAGGCUUACUGAAUGAAAGCUAUUAUGAUAAUUCUGCUAAGAAGUUCGUUCCACCGAAAAUCGAUGUUGAAGUAACUCCGAUUCCUAAAACUCUGGAUUGGAGAGAGUAUGGAGCGGUUGCUAAAGUGAGGAGCCAAGGUAUUUGUGGUUCGUGUUAUGCAUACGCUGUCACUGGUGCUAUUGAAGGGGCGCAUUACUUGAAGACUGGGGACAUGGUUGACUUAUCAGUCCAACAAAUCGUCGAUUGUUCAUGGGGUUUUGCUAAUAAAGGCUGCAAAGGUGGAUACCCAUAUCGGGCUAUGCAAUGGAUAGUUAAACAUGGCGGCAUAGCUACGAGAAAAAGUUACGGAAAUUAUCUGGCACAGGAGGGAUACUGUCACUUUAGCAACAUCACAAAUGGUGCAAGUUUGGAAGGAUACUUCAAUGUUUCGGCGGGAAAUUCCACUGAAUUAAAAAUGGCACUUGCUCUUUACGGUCCAGUCACUGUUCUUAUCAAUACUCGUCCCAGAUCUUUUAAAUUUUACGAUAGCGGUGUGUAUUACGAUAAGAAAUGUGAUCAAAGACUAGACCAUGCAGCACUGGCUGUAGGUUACGGAGAAGAAAAUGGACAAGAGUAUUGGCUGAUUAAAAAUUCUUGGUCUUUAUCUUGGGGUUCUGAAGGUUUUAUCAAGAUAUCAGCAAAGAAUGAUAAUUGUGGUGUUACUCAAAAAGCUGUCGUUGUUGAAGUGAAAAAGAAAAGUUGAUGCUAGAUUUUUUAAAAUCUAUAUCCCUUGAAGACUUUAUGUAAUUUUGACAACCCGUGUUUUUAUAAGAAACUUUUUAGCUUCAGCGCCUAAACUAUGACAAAGUUUUUCCAAAUAUUUAUAGCGCCUGACAACUUUUUCUACCUUGUUAAUGCUUUUCACCAAGAGCCCUGUUAAUACAUAAAUUUAGUUUUUCACUUUUGUCAAUAUCAUGCAAUUUAGCACCCUUAUCCCA